UCGGGAGUCGGUUUGAGUCUCAGAGCCGUCAGGAAAUGUGUCAAGAAGCCUUCACUCACUGCAGACCGUCAGUGUGGCUGAGAGCACAAGUCACGUCGCAGGAAUCAUGGAGCACUUUAAUGAAAUGUGACGUGUCUUCUCCCACAAACAAGGUCAAUGGCAGCGGCAGGAUGGGCCUUAUUGCUGGCUGCACUGAUGUCUCCAGCACACACUGUGGCUCACAACCACAGCGAGGCGACAGACACCUACCACGUGAGCGUCGGCCACCUCUUCCUGCUGAAGUGCCUCUUGGUGGACGCCCACACCCACGUGACGUGGAGCAGAGCGGGGGGGCACGGCCCGAAGCUGCCCGCCGGAGUGGAGGUGAGGGACGGGCUGCUGUGGUUUCUACCUGUGCAGAUGUCUCAUGAUGGAUUCUACACCUGUAAGAAGAGGGGCCAGUCUGGACCGGUGACGUUUGGGGUGUCGGUGUCCAGUGGAAAGUGUCCUGAUCCGCCUGAAAACAAAUCCAUCACCCUGGGAGUCAGUGAAAGUGUGUCCUGCAAACAGACAGAGAUCUUCAAACUGAACAACGUGGGGAACAUACGAUGGAUGAAGGACUGCCAGCUGAUGGAGCCUCCGGGUGAUCACAUCUCUGUGGAGGAGGACGGCUUCAUGAGAAUGUCUGCCGCCUCCAAGGAGGAUACUGGGAAAUACACCUGCCUGGUGGACGUCAGCGUGGACGGCCGGACGUACACGGCCGCACGCAGCAUCCGGCUGACUGCUGACAAGAAUAUCAGUAAGACAGUUCUUCCAGAGCCUAUGGUGGUGUACCCUCAACAGAAAGUGGUGGUGGUUGAAGAAGGCACGAGCGUGAAGCUCGAGUGUUUGGCCUACGUCGGCUUCAGCGAGGACAGCGAGACGUCCAUGUUCUGGACCGUCAACAACGAAGACACCGACGAACACGAGGAGCUUAAAGAUUCCUGGAACUUUGUGCACCACAGAGGACAUGUGUACAGUCAGUCCACUCUGUCCAUCUCUAAAGUCCGUCGUCAGUUCCUGAGUGUUCCCAUUUCUUGCUGGGUAUUAAACUCAGCCGGAAUCAAAGACGGCAUUGUGUGGCUUCAAGAAGCCGACCACAGUGCCCUCUACACCCAAGUGGCCCUCUGCCUCUCCGCCUCCCUGGCCGUUCUGCUCCUCGCCGCCGCUGUCCUGGUCUUCAAAGUGGAUCUGGUGUUGGCCCACAGGAAGCUGAUGAGACAUUUUUCCAAGCAAGCUCCUGAUGGGAAGCUCUACGACGCCUAUGUGAGCUUCCUCCCCCCCGACCUGAGUUCAGCUGAGACGGCGAGCUUGGCCCUGCAGAUCCUUCCUGAGAAGCUGGAAAGACAACACGGAUACUCCCUGUACAUCAGAGGGCGGGACGACUGCCCGGGAGAAGCGGUGCAUGACGUCAUCGCUGCCACGGUGCGCAAAUGCCGCAGACUGAUAAUCAUCCUCUCACCUGAGGUGAAAUCCAGCGCUGACGGAAAAACAGAGGAGGUGCCGUUGCGUAACAACGAGAACCAGCUGUGCUACGAGCAGAAGGUCGGCCUCUACGACGCUCUGACCCAGAAGGACCCCCGAGUGAUUCUGGUGGAGAUCGACGGUCCGGUGGAUUACAGUUGCCUGCCGGAGUCUCUGCGCUACUUCAGGAGGAAACAAGGAGCUCUGAAGUGGAAGAAAAGCUCCCUCCCAACCAAUAAACCCAACAAGCUGCGCUCAAACAGAAACUUCUGGAAGAACCUGCGGUACCUCAUGCCCUCGGUGCCUGUGGGGAGACUCCAGACCGCCGUCUGAACCGGGACACAAAUGGGACGUUGUGCUUUUCAGGACACCUUCAGACCUCUUGUCCUCGGGAGACUUUGUUUAUUUAUGACAUGCGGGAACCAGACGGCAUCCCUGAAACAUAUUUUAUAUCCGUUAUUCAUCAUCACCAGAUUAACAUACGGUUCACUUCAAACAAACAGAAACAUCUGCUGGAUUCCUGGCACAAAACAGGAAUACUUCACCGAUGUUGGAGCCCAGCAGGAAGUUGAAUGGGAGGUUAAAUUCUAGGUGAUUUCAUCUGUUUGUUCUACCGGUGUCGCCAUAACACCUGACUACGCAUCAGGUGUUAUGGUGACUGAGUAAUCCUCAGAUCUGGAACAGGCCUUUUUUUUAUCAGCCUUGUUUGAAAUUCUGGUUCAUUGAUUCUCUGGAAUCCACCUAGUUUACACUCGUAUGAGCCUGUUGGUGCAGAGUCUCCUUUAAGUUCCCCAGAAACACGAACACAUGAAAUAUCACUGCAUGCAUCAUUUGCAUGAACUGGACUUGAGUUCAUCAUUGUUGAGCCCACAGCCAGAUGCGGAUCAGUGAUGGAGGGGCGUCUUUCCUUGUCUGCAUCUACAACUCCUUAAUUCUAACAUAAACCAUGACGCUUGAUGCUUUGGACAUUUUGUUGUAUCAUUGUUGUAUCACGCUGGAAACAUCAUGAUAACGUCAAAGAUGCUUUUUUGAUUAGACCAUCUAUCAAACCAACAUUUCGCUACACAAUCUCAAAUACUUUCCGACACCAUCAAACCUCAACCUGAUCGGAGGUUUAAGCAGCCAAAAAGGACUCAAAAUGACCAACAAAGAGACUUCAUUGAAGAAAUGAGCAUGGGUUGAUUACUUAAUAGGCCUACCAGACACAGGCCCAGGGGCCCAAAGUGUCAGGGGCCUCCUCAGAGAGACAAGUAACAACCAGGAAGAGACUCAAAGUGACAACAAGCACACCAAAACAACCACAGAGAGACACACAAUGAUUACAAACAGACUCAAAGUGACAAUAACGAGAACAAGAAAAAUACAAAGAGUCGCAAAAUGACUAUGAAGACACAUUAAAAGACUAUCAUGAGACACGAAGCAAUUACAAACAAAAUGACCACAAUGACACACAAAUUGACUCCAAAGAUGCACAAAACAACAACAAAGAGACACAAAAUGACUACAAAGAGACACAAAAUGACUACAAAGAGACAUUAAAAGACUAAGAAGAGAUCAAAACAACCGCAAAGUACAACAAAAGAAUUGCAAAGAGACACAAAAUGAUCACAAAUAGACUCAAAACAACAACAGAGGGUGGGCCCUUUAGCAUGUGUCACAAUCCUUCCAUGGAGGUGGCUGACUGAAUGUGGCCACCAGUAAGAACUUCAACCUCAACGUGUCGACGACGGAGGAGACAGCAGUCCUCAUUCUGUCAUUCAGCGUUCCAGAGUUUAAGCCAGCAGGCUAUUGAGAACUAUUGGCUGCUAUGUCCAUUUUUGAUGAUGAGGUCAGAAACUGGAAGAGGAAGAGGAAGAACACAGUGUGGACCUUUGCUUUUUCCACAUGGUGUCAGUGCCUUCCAAGCCUUUGUCUGUUUCUCCAGCCGUCAGCACACAGUGCUGCACACUGGAAACCAUCUUACCCAGUAAGAGACAUGAUGGUCACUGGUGGGCAGCUCUUCACUGUCUGAUCUGUUGUUUCCUGUCAGCAUCGGAGUCUGUAAAUGUGCAUGUUGGGCUCAGCUGAAGUGCAUCACAUCCCUAAAAGCUUCUAUGAAAGCCCACUCUCAGGGACACAGACAGAUAAUGAGCCUCUUAGACGGGUUCAUUGGGUCAUUUAACAGAUAAUCGAAUCAUAGUUUGUUGAACGAAUUUCUAAGAUAAGACGAAGCGCACAAACUGGUGUUUACAUCUCAAACACAUCCACCCAGCAGAACAUCAGAUAUAACUGAGUCUCUUCCUUUAUACGGUAGAAGCUUCUAGCACAAACAGAAUCACGCUGACUGAGAGAUUCUAUGAAUCUUGCAGCAACAUUUCCUGUUCAGUCUUUCAGAGAAACAUCUUGUUUUCUAAUCUUCGUCAUUUUAUCUCACUAUCUCAGGCAUCCUGUCCCUUCUACUUCGCUCAUCUCUUUUCUCAUUUUAAUUUUAUGAAUAAAUAUUUAUACAAC